CACACAGACACACCAUCUCUCCUCUCUUGAGAACCAUAGACCAUCAUAUCCCAUUAUUGACACAAAGACAUAAUCAGGCAUCAUGUCUAAAUUCAUCGAAUACGCUAUGAAAGUUCCAGAAUUCGUCAAAGGAUUCAGACAAGAACGUCUUUCAACAAUUCGUCCUUUAUCGGAAUUCUUUGAUCAUCAACGUAUUUCUAGACCAGCAGAUCUCAAUGAAGCAACACAGAGAAUCACUUAUAACACCCGACACUUUUCGGGAAAUUAUUUGAUCAUUAUCAUGCUUUUGGCUGUUUAUGGAUUACUAACAAGUCCUUGGUUCUUGUUAUCGGUGAUCUUCCUUGUUGGUGGAUUUACUGCAAUCAACAGAUUUGCACCCGAACCAGUUCAAGUCGGAGAACACGUCAUCACUCAAAAGGGACUCUACACAGCAUUGUUUGUUAUCGGCAUUCCCAUGCUAUGGUGGUCAUCUCCUUUCUUGUUGAUCUUCUGGUUGAUCGGAUCGUCUGCUUUUGUUGUUUUGGGACAUGCAAGCUUCAUCGAGCCACCAGUAUCAAGUGAAUACUCAGGCGUUGAGCAAGUGUAAUGCUCCCAAAGCUGCCCAUCUUCUAGAGGAAAGCAUCAAUGUUAAUUCAGUAUCAUAAUGCGUUUCAAAGUAUAGAACAGCAUGAUUUUGUUGGGGGGAUGUACUCUGACAACAUGCUUUGCCAGCCUCGACGAAAAAGUCAUAAGAUGUUGAACAUUUGCAUGCCCCAGAUGGUAUGUAAUUUUCGGCAUCCGAGUGGGAUUUUGCCCAAUGUAGAAUAUGUAUUCAUCAUAAUAUACCUAUGAAAGGAUAUUUUGUUGCCCU